GCUUGACGGCCGAUAGGGUCCUGGGCCCGCUCCGCUCGGGGUGGUCGGUGGGCGUGGCAGCACCGGCUCGACGGCCGAUAGGGUCCUUGGCCCGCUCCGCUCGGGGUGGUCGGUGGGCGGAGCGUCGGGCUCGGUCAGAAGUCGUUGGCUUCGUAAGAGCAGGGUCUAUGGGAAGCCUCCUCAGCGUGGGUUCUUGGAAGAGGUGGAGUUUGGAGAGGCUUAUGCGGUACCUGAUUCAUCCAGCAAAUUAAGACCUGCCAACUUUUUGAUAAUCUCAUCAAUAAAUUAGAGAACAAUUGUUCCUUUCAAGAUUUAUUCAAAACAUGUCAACUCUGCUUAAUUAAGCACUUUGAUGAUUUAAGAAAUCUUGGAAAUCCUUUUGUACUAUUGUUCAUUCAUACUUGUUCAUCAAAGCCUGGAGUCCUUAAGGACAGAAUUUACCUCUAAACAGAAAGAUGGAAACUAAAGUACAUUUAUUCUGCCAGGCAGAGGAAAAUAUUGACUUAUUAGAUGAUGGCUCUAAUUCUUUUGCAACUGACUUGUCAUCAGGAACUAUUAACCACAAGAAAUACAUCAAGUUUUCUAAAACAAUAGAGAAGAAAAUGUCACCGGAAAUUAGGAGUUUGAGCCCAGAAUAUAAAAAAAUAUUUGAAACAUCAAUAAUCCUUUGUGGAGAAGAAAAGUCCUCUGAUUUUUCAGGAGAAAAAAUUGGGAGAAAGAGUUUACAAGUACAACAGCACAGUAAAAGAACUGAGCUGUCAAAGGAGAAGGUGACAAGGAAAGAAAACUCUUUAUGCAAGUUGCCGAAUCAGUACAGCGUUCACAAGACUUCAUCACCUCUUUGUACAUCUUCUGCAAUUACUCGGGAAAAGGAAAUGCUGUCUAACCUCUACAUGACAUUAUAUGAUGAAGUAACCCAUGGAUAUUUACACUCAAAAGAAUUAAGUGCACUUCAUAAAGCCUGUAAAAUUUUUAGUAAAAUUCGAAGUGGUAAGAUUUAUGUGAAUGAUCUUCCAGUGAUCCUUUGCAUCUUGAGAAUUUCUAUAAGUGAUUUAGAAAUGCGACAGGCACUAAAGACUGUUGAUAUUCAUGUUAAUGGAAUGCUGGAUUUUUCAAAUUUCCUUAAAGCUGUGGCUGAUGUUUCUUAUUUGGUCUCUCAGAAUCCAGCAUUCCAGGAUGCCUUGAAGAUUUUCUGUAGGAUAAAAGGUGGUCGAGUUUCAACUGAUGACGUGUUUGCUGUUUUGGAUAGCAUGGGUAUCCCUAUAAACCGUGAAAUUUUAGAAGAAGUGACAAAACAUACCUAUAUUGACAGUAACCACAUGGUGGAUAUUGGGGAUAUUAUAUUUACUUUGAAUGAGCUACAGGAACAGUAUGAGGAUGUUUCAAUUACAGAAGGAUCACCUUUGAAUGAAAUUACUUCAGACAGAAAGUUAUCAAGUAUAGCAGGAUGCUAUCUAAAAUAUAAGAAGAAAAAUAGUUUGUCUUCCAAACUCCCUGAACCUUCAAUAUCCAAAAAGUUAAAUAAAAAAAGCAACCAAUAUUAUAGCAAAAUUAUGGAGAAUGAUGACCUUGAAUCUAAAAGACCAAAAAAUACUUGGCAAAUAAGAAAAUUUCUGGGUGGGGUUGGCAGCAGUAAUGUAGGAGUCCAAGAACCAUAUUCAAAGAAUGGCAUAAACUUUAAAAAACAUUCAGAGAAGGGUGAAAUUCAUGACUCAAAGUCUAAACCACAAAGCUUGAAGAGUAGUACACGCCUCAGUAAGUCUCUGGAUAAAAGUGAUAUUUCUAGUAUCCCAAAACUUCAGAAGCCAGCUGUAAGAAAGCAUUCCAGUCUCCAAAAACAGGUUUCGUCUACGGAAAAAACUGCAAUUAGUACUCUGGAAAACUUCCGUGAAGCUAUCAGUAAACUUCAAGAAAAUUACAUUGCAGCAGCAGAACUUCAGUCUAUUUUGCCUUCAACAGGAAUUAAUUUAUUAGAUGAAGAAUUCCAGAAGAUUGUGACAGACACUAGUAGAAAUGAGAAUGGAAUGGUGGAGUUAGAUGACUUUAUAAGUGCUCUCGCCAAGGAGCGAAGUUUUCCUGAAUGCAAUGAUAGGUAGGAAAUUUCGUUGCCUGGUGUCGUUAAAGCCAUUGAUAAAAUUAAAGAUAAAAAUGUGGAUUAUGAGGAUCUAAAUACUUGUCUUCAAAAUUUUGGUAUUUACCUUUCUAAGCCAGAAUUUAAGAAGAUCACAGAACUGACUGAAGCUGGUGUAUUGCCUGAUGCUAUUGAAACCCUCGACAAUCUCAGAAAGGAGACGAUGAGUGUUUCUGACCUGUGGAAUACUCUGUCUAGUUUGAAUAGUAAUUUAAAAAAGGAUGAAUUUCUAGCUGCAUUGGAACUAGUGACAGUUGAUGAAGGUGACGAAGUACAAUUCGAAGAAUUUGCAAAAGUAGUAAGGAAUAUGCGUGAUGCUGCCAGGUUAGAAGAGUUACAGGAAGUUGUCUUAGCUGCUGAUUUGCUUGAAGGUGACAUGAUAGCUGGGAAGAACUUGGAAGACUUUCUAAGAAAUAUUGGGAUUAAGUCACCUAAAGAAGAGGUAGAGAAAAUUCUUCAAUCAGGUUUUGUUUCUGAAGAUAACAUGGUGAACAUUAAAGACUGUAUGAGAGCUUUGAGGGACACCCAGAAAUUUUCCAGUUAUAUUGCAUUGAAUGAGACUAUCAAUACAUUGGACUCCAUGAAAGAAAAUUGUCAGUUUGACAAAGACAAAAAUCCAGAUGUACUUGAAAACACUGAUAGGCUUUCUUUUACUGAUGACGUACUUCAAGAAGUAAUGGAUGACUCCUUUGUUGAAGAUUUCAGGAAAGAGGCUUCAAAUCUAAAAUUACCAAAGGUAAACGAGAUUAAAGAAGCUGCUAACAUCUUGUCACAUGUCGAUAAUGGCAAGAUUGGUAUACCUGAUUUGGAGCAUGCCUUGAAAUGUUUGAAUGUUAAUUUAACUGAGGAGGACUUCAGUGAACCCCUUAACUGCUGUAACGUCAGUGAUAAUAUGGAGGUGGAUUUAAAAGAUUUCUUAAUGAAAAUGAAAGAAAGUCCACAUUUCCAGAAGUCCAAGGCUACACAGAUACUCUUAGCUACUACCCAAAUUCUCCAGAAUGAUCUAGUUGAUGUCUCUGACCUCAAGACAUUAUUGAUGGACAAGGACCUUCAUACAGCUAAUGCUAUACUUACUGUAAUGUUAAGACAUGUACCUGAACAUGAAAGUGGCAAGGUUAGCAUUCAAGAAUUUAUGACUAAAUUAUCCGAUAUAUUGACAAUUCCUAAAGCUGCAGGUAAGUUUUAUUUAAUAUGUACUUAUUGCCCAGAUCUAGAAAGGCAAGCAGUGGUUUACAUGUUAAAAACAAUACAGGAUUCGAUAGUUAAAGCACAGGUAAGUAAGAAGCAACACAAUAUGAAUAUAAAACAACACAAGAUUAGAUUACAUAACUUCUGUUUGAAUUCUAAAGCAAAUAUUGCUAAGCUUAACCCAAACUCAAAAUUUUAG